AUGGACGCCACAGAAAAUGCCAGUACGACUCUUCCUCGCCACCACAACAGCAAACUCCACAUGGACCAUUCAGAACGCGAACAGCGUGUAAGGAUGCUCCACGUGGCUUUGGCCAUUUUGACCGCCUUGUGCUUCAUAAGUGUGUCAUCUGUUGCACAUUCGAUUGGAGGGAUUGCUGUGUUCACCGGCAGUGGUGCAGCAUACCCUAAUGAAAAACGAUCGCUUGGAGGGGAACAUCAGCAAGAAGGAGGUGAAAAGCUACAAGAAGAUGUGGUUUCUUCUUCAUGCACUGACUACAGAUCAUAUCCAUGGCCCCAGGAUCACUCUGGUUUGCCCUAUCUGGCAGAUGUGUUCACAACCCAGGAAGUAGACUAUGUUACUUUCAUUGGGAUCAAUCGAGGAACUUGUCUCCAGAAGUACCAAAAUUCCAAACAGGAUGACUUUGCUCAACACGAUUCUCAUGGAUACCGCUUCAUGUGCAUGUUCAAUGGAAACAUCCCAGUCAUUUCUGAGUUUGUGGCACCCAGUGCUCGAGCUUUUAGAUACAACUUUGUCUUUCGCUGCAAGGUACCAAAGCAACUUCAGGAUCAAGUCCAACCAGGUCAAACAACAACAAAGUUGCAUGUUGACUUGCAUGCUCUUCAUGAUCUGGAACAGAACACAACAGAACAGUACCAUAUACGAGAGUUUCCCAGUGAAGCCAUUUCGGACCUGCCAAAGAUUCCAAACAUUCCUGUCUGUCAUCCAGCUACAACCGCCUCAAUGACCUACAAUCUCACUGCUUACACCCGGCUCAAGUCAACCUACUUGCUCAAUCACUUCCUCACCAAGAAGAAUGAGACAGUCUCACCGAACUAUCGGGUCAAGGAAUGGAUUGCCUACCACCAAGCUCAAGGAUUUGAUCACUUUGUGAUAUAUGACAAUGAUGAACAACCACAUGGGGCACUGGAAUCCUUGUUGCAGCCCUACGUUGAAUCUGGAUUGGUUACAUAUAGAUGGUUUCCUCUGGAAGAUUGCUUCAAUGAUGAUCGAAAAGGCCGAAAGGGGAUGUUCAUGCCCUGGGCACAAGCGGCAGCCAGUGUGGCGGCACUCCAUCGAAUGGGGACACGGACUAGAUUCUUUGCAUCCAUGGAUGUAGAUGAGUUCUUUGUACUGUACAAUGGCAAAACAGUUGCUCAGUUCAUGGCAGGUGUUGCUGACAAGUAUGAUGGAGUCAAAUUCAAACCCACCAUUGUUGAGUAUUGCAAUGGGGAUGAGGUGGUUGAUCUACAAGCUAGUCCCUUGGCAGCCCGCAAGUGUCUCACUGAGGUCCACAAAAGUGAUGUCAAGCUGAUCAUGCGACCUGAUAGGAUGCUGUUGUUUGAAGUUCACUAUGCCAUUUUGACAAAGACUUGGUCGAAACCUGAAAUGCUGCAUGUUGAAGCUCCACUUGGCUUCUUGGCUCAUUACAGGGGAGAGCCACCGCUUGGAGAAUUCAAGAAGGAAUAUCCAAUGGGAAAGAGAACCUUUCCUUUCAAGCACAUGGAAAAGUUUUUGGCCACCUACAACUCAUCCAAGGCAGACUUAGAGAUGAAGUAG